AUGUCGCACGCGAUGCUCCUCAGAUCGCUACGGCCCGCCGUCGCACCCCGAGUCUCAAUCUGGCACCCUCUAACCCGCCGAUAUGUGCACGCGGGGGAAUUCCAGCCCUUCCUUCCUCCGUCGCCGAGCUCACUAGGCAAACCCACGGCAGCGAAGACCUACACUCGCACCCGAAAAUGGCUACGGCGGCUGGUCUACGCCUCGCUGGCCACGGGCGUCAUCUACGGCAUCGACUCGCAGUUCUACGCCUCGUCACUGACCCGAACUGUCCGCACCUUCUCUCUCGGUCUAUUCGUCGCACUGGACUAUAAGAUCAAUUUCCGCCCGCACCCGCCUUUCGCCAGCUCUAUUACAGCCCUGCAUGCCCGAAGCGCCGAGCGUUUGUCGGACCUCCUACGUCACAAUGGUGGGCUGUACUUGAAGAUGGGCCAGGCUAUCGCCAACCAAGCGGCGAUUCUGCCCCCCGAGUUUUCGCAGAUGUUCUCGCGCAUGUUCGAUGAUGCGCCGCAGAAUGAUUGGAAGGAGGUUGAGAAGGUUAUUCGUGAGGAUUUUGGAAAGUCGCCGGAGGAGGUCUUUGGUGUCUCGUUCACCGGUGAGCCUGGGAAGGGUGUCAUGGAGCGAACGGCCCGUGCUAGUGCUAGUGUGGCACAGGUUCAUUGGGCCCGUCUGCCGGAUGGACGGGAGGUCGGUAUCAAGAUCCAGAAACAUGAGAUUGAGCAGCAGCUGAACUGGGAUUUGUGGGCUUUUAAAGUGGUUACUUUUAUCUACAGCAAGCUGUUUGAUAUCCCUUUCUACACUUUGAUCCCGUACAUCAGCGAGCGGCUGUCCCUGGAGACGGACUUUGAGAAUGAAGCAAACAACUCGGAGGAAAUGGCCCGGCUAGUGGCUGGCGAACCUCGUCUGCGGGACCGUGUGUACAUCCCGAAAGUGUAUCGCGAGCUUAGCUCGAGACGAGUUAUGACGGCCGAAUGGAUAGAGGGCGUGCGGCUCUGGGACAAAGACUCCAUCACACGCUCAUGGCGUGGUGGCUGGCGCCAGGGCAGCCCAGGAUGCCACGGAACACCCAUGGAUCCUCCAAAGAGCGGACCCGCCUCUCCAAACCCGCAAGAAUCAAAAGUCAAGCCCGAGCGCAAUCACUGGAAGGGCCCGAACAACCGCGGCGGGCUAGGCCUGUCACUCAAGGACGUAAUGACAACCAUGGUCGACCUUUUCUCCGCACAGAUGUUCCUAUGGGGAACAGUACACUGUGACCCGCACCCAGGCAACAUCUUCAUUCGACGCCAACCCUCCGGCCGGGCCGAGCUUGUCCUUAUCGACCACGGCCUGUAUAUCCACAUGGAACCCGGCUUCCGGCACCAGUACGCACGCUUCUGGAAAGCGCUACUCACCUUUGACAACAAGACAUUAGGCGAGAUCGCCAAAGGCUGGGGUGUCAACAACUCUGAUAUCUUCGCCUCCGCCACCCUCAUGCGCCCCUAUCGCGGCGGCGAUAUGUCGACACAGCGCCAUAUCGAGGGCCUGAGCAAGCGUGAGCUCCAAGCGCGUCACUACGAGAUGCAACAAUCAGCCCGCAAGGCGAUCCGUGAGAUCCUAGGCGAUGAGAAGAAGUGGCCACAAGAGCUUAUCUUCAUCGGCCGUAACCUGCGCAUCGUCCAGGCGAAUAACCAGUUCCUUGGCUCGCCGGUCAACCGUGUUAAGAUCACAGGUACGUGGGCUUCGCGCGCGCUUGUCGAGUCCCCCGAUCUGCCAUUAUCCGAGAAGAUCCGUAACUUGGGCCGCCAUGUUAUCUUCCGCAUCGUGCUGGUGACUAGUGAUAUUUGGUUCUACUGGGCCAAGAUUCGGCAGUUCUUCCAUCUCGGUGGUGGUAUGGAAGAUGAUAUCGAGGCCCAGAUGCAGAGUAUGGCGAAGGAAAUGGGCGUUGAGUUGAAUCAGAAUUUGUUUGACGGCUAA